GAGCGUACUCGGCGAUGCCAGCACGGACGCGCUGUGCUGUCAUGCUAUCAUUGCGUGUGAGAGCAGCGGUUGAAGCAGUGCCGAUUUCACCCCAGAUGAGCGAUCGGGGGGAGGGGGAGACGAGGAGGAGUGAUGGCAGUGCAGACUGAGUUUCACCAUGACGACCAACUGUUCCUGAUGAUGAUCAUCUACCUUGUGCUCACCUGAGUUUUCACCUUGUGCUGCCCCUCCCUCCCUUCUUCUUCCUAUUCUUGUUAAUUUCCUGCCACCCCCUCCAUCUUGCUCCACCCCAUGACUGCUCCCAUCCCGUUUCCCCUGUUCGGACGCUCACUUUCUCGCCAUUUGAAUUUAUUUAUUAUGGCAUGUUGGGGGCGCUCUCUGGACUCACCGUGCACAUUGGCUUUGCUGGUGGGCUUCCAGUUUGCCUUUGUGCUCUACUUCUCCCUCGGGGGCUUCAAAGGCUUGGUAUCCGUGCUAGUUCACACCACAGAGUCUGAGUUUGAUUACUCACGUCCCCACGACGUCUACACCAACCUCAGUUAUCUGAGAGCACCACCUCCCCAGCCUCUGAACUCUGGCACUGGACCCCCUGCAACGGGACCGCCGCUACCAGAUUGUCAAGUUAUCUCUCCUCUGCUGGUCGGGCCUGUCUCCGUACAUUUUUCCUCGCCUCUGACGCUAGAGGAGAUCAGACAGAAGAACCCAUUAGUGCUGCCAGGCGGACGCUACGGUCCACCCGACUGUGAACCUCGACACCACACUGCCAUUGUGGUACCAUACCGGAACCGGCAGACUCACCUCCGUGCCCUCCUCUACCACCUUCAUCCUUUUUUGCAAAGGCAACAGAUCCACUACAGCAUCUACAUAGUGCAGCAGUGGGGGAACAGCACUUUCAACCGAGCCAAGCUGCUGAAUGUCGGGGUGAGGGAAGCCCUCCGAGAUGAAGACUGGAGCUGUAUCUUCCUCCAUGAUGUUGACCUGCUGCCCGAGAACGACCACAACACCUACACCUGCCACAAGCAGUUUCCCACACACCUGUCUGUGGCCAUGGACAAGUUCAGAUACAGGCUUCCCUACCCACAAUAUUUUGGUGGGGUGUCUGCAGUGACCCCAGACCAGUAUAUGAAAAUGAAUGGCUUCCCUAACCAGUACUGGGGUUGGGGGGGAGAGGACGAUGAUAUCGCUGCAAGAGUGCGUCUGUCUGGCAUGAAGAUUGUGCGCCCCCCAGUGGCCAUCGGCCAUUACAAAAUGAUCAAGCACAGAGGAGACCGAGGCAAUGAGCAAAACCCACACAGAUUUGACCUUCUAAAAAGGACCAGACUUAACUGGCGCUCCGACGGCCUCAAUUCUUUGACUUAUGAGCUCCUUUCCAAAGAGCUGGAGCCACUCUACACAAACCUCACUGUCAACAUUGGAGAAGACUCUCAUCAACAUCGGGGGGAAAAUACCAACUCUGUGCAAAAAGGUAGUGCCUCCAAGACCGUAGCCAAGGACAACCAGGAGAUAGAAACAGUAGCGAGCAAAGAGUCCGUAGUGGUAAAAAGUAGCGCCUCCAAGACCAGACUCAAGGACAAUCAGGAGACAAAAACAUUAGUGAGCAAAGAGUCCGUGGUGGUAAAUGUCUCUGUGAGCAGACUCGAAGGCGUGAAGACAGUACCUAUUCGGACAAAGGCAGCUAAUGAAACGACACAAGAGAAAACAAAUGUGCAUACACCUCACAUGUAGCACUAAAGAGAUUCAAAGAUGGUGGACUUAGUGGUAAAGGCAAGUUAUCUCAGCUUUGCAGUUUUCCAGGCAUUGAUAGGGAUCCAAGUGGUUUUCAGGAUGCUUUCAGAAAGUAGGUUGGGAAAAUUAAGAGAAUGACUGCAUUGUGCAGCAUACUCUGGAAGAAACUAGUGCCUUGUCUCUUUUAAAGCGCUUUUAUAAACUGGUACCAACAUGAGAUUCCUUUGACUUCUCCUGCCUUGUGGCAACUGUUAGAAAGCAGGGAGGUGUUGACUUGAACAAUUUGUUCCAGAAUUUCUGUUUUUAUAUCGGUGUGCAUUAAGGUCACUAGAGAUUAUAUUUAUAUAGAGAAAUGUUUUUAUUUGUUUACUACUUUUUGGUUUAGUCUGGUGCCUCUUUUUCAAUUUUAGUUUCUAGACAAUCAAACCAUAGGGGAACAGAACUUUAUUAAUCAUUACUAGUGAGGUAAUAUAACAUCUAUCUGAAUGUCUGUCAAAUAAUCAUACACUCAGCAUGAUGCAGUAUGUGUUAUUGAGUAUACUCCCGUUACAUAGGCAGAGCAAUGCUUCUUUAUAUUACCUGUGGUGUUAUUGACUUUCGGGGGUAUGCCAGAUAAUAUCUAAGGCUCAUUACUACCGCCCAUACCUAAUAUCUAGAGUCAGAAUGUUGCUAUAGUGAUAAUAAAGCACUGUGUAUAGAUUUAAAGCAUAUUCACAAAAGGCAUCUCAAUAUAUUCUUAUCCAGAAGCCUCUUAUGUAUGAAUAAACGUCUUUUUGUCUUCAUUCAUUCGUCGUGACGAGAAGUAAACAACCCAUUUAGAAAGAUAAUGUAACCACUUUACUCAGUGGACAGAUAUGUUAUUUAUUUUAUAACACAGCCAUUUUGAAUGUAUCUUUGCAGAAGGGGAUGUAUUUGUGUUUGAAUGAAUUGAAUGUUAGCUUGCUGGAUGUAUUCCUGCUGGUGAUCAAGGGCCUGACUAACUAGAGGUUUGCUUAUGUAUUAAAACACGUGCAAACUUAAUAGACCAAAGUUGUUUUUUAAACUUUAUUUCAAUGAAGUGCAUUUUUACAGAAGUGAGGGGAAUCUUAUAACAACACAUAGAACAUAAGGUAAGGAACUGCGGUGUAUAUCAACGAGCAUCUGACCAAGAAAAUAUUGGAC